CAGAAAGACUCUGUGAUGUACACAAAUUAUUUUGCGUUUUUUCCUGUAAUUGUUGUAAAUUAUAGUUUUGUCUAUAUCACAUAGUCGUAGUUCUACCGUACGAUUUUGCUACAAAGCUUUGGGAAACUUCUUGGUAGAUUGUGUAAUUUUGUUACUGUUUUAUAUUUCCUCUUUGCCAUGGGUGGAGGUGAUUUGAAUCUGAAAAAAUCUUGGCAUCCAUCAACGCUGCGGAACAUUGAGAGAGUUUGGAAAGCAGAGCAAAAGCAUGAAGUUGAGAAACAAAAGAUUGAACAGCUACAGAAAGAACUGGCUGAAGAGCGAGCCAGAGAAGAAAUACAAGCAUAUGCUGAAGAUCAAGGAGUUGUGAAAAAAAAAGAAGAAAGGCUUGAUUGGAUGUAUCAAGGUCCUGCUGCCUUGAUAAAUAGAGAAGAUUAUUUGCUUGGGCGAAAAAUAGACAAGACAUUUGAAAUCUUACAGCAACAGGAAAAUGGCUCUGAAGCAGCAAAAAAUGAUGGAUCAGACAUUGGUUCUACCAUGUUCAGUAGUCAGAAUCUUUCAGGGACUGCCACCGUUGAUUUAGCAAAUAAGAUAAGAGAAGAUCCACUGUUCAAUAUAAUGAAAAAAGAAAAGGAACAGAGGAAAAAUCUUUUGACUAAUCCUGUGAAAAUGAAACAAUUACAGGAACUGCUUAAAGCAUCUCUCACAAAGGAGAGUAAAAAGAGCAAGAAGGAGAAGAAAAGGAAGCAUAAGGAUGAAGAUUAUGACAGUACAAAGCUUCAGGAAACAGACAAAAGACAUAAAUCAAAAUAUUCAAAUAGUUCUCAAUCAGAUGAUGAAAAAGUGCAUUCAGAUAGACUAAAGUAUGGAAAAACAUCUGAAAAUAGCAGUAUUUCACACAAAAGGAGGCAUAUCGAUGAAAAAAGUAGCUAUAAAAAAUACAGUGAUUCUAGAUGUAACAAAGUGUAUGUGUCUGAUUUAAAAGUAAGGAAUUCAAAACAUAGUUCCUCUUAUUACAAAGAAUAUAAUUAUAAAGAGAGUCGUCAGAAAAAAUAUGAAUCAAGUAAUUCGCAAGAACGAGACCAUACUUCUAAAGAAAAGUAUAAGAGAAAAAUGUAUGAAGAAGAAAGAGAUAGGCGUUUGAAAGAAAUGCAAGAAAAUGCGAAAUGGAGGGAGGAACAAAGGAAGAAAAAUACGAAACGUUACAGGGAAGAAGAUGAAAAGGAAGACAGAAUUCAGAGAGUACAUACCUCAGAAUUCAUAAAGUAAGUCUUCAACUGUUUCCUAACAUUUUAU